AUGCCUUCUAUGGUUUCUUCUCGCAAUGAAUCUGCAUAUGUUUUGAAUCAGUUGAUUCCUUCAAUAAAGGAAUAUAGCGUGGGAAAUCGAACUCCACAGUUACUACAGUCCUUGUCUAGGUUCGCUAGCGAUAAGGAAGCUGAAAUAGAAACUAUCUGUAACACCAAUCACCAAGAAUUCGUCACGUCAGUCAAUCAACUCCUCCGUAUUAGGGAAGGUACUGUGAGCCUAACAGCCGAAAUAUUGGACCUGAAUCAAUCCAUUCAAGCUAGUACUGAAAAGCUAGCUGAACAGAAGAAAGCUCUAGUCGAAUCACGGAGCCACCGUCAGAAUAUUGAUGAAACCUCCCGUGCUAUUCAAGAUUGCCUGGAGGUUCUCCGCCUCGCGAACCAAAUUCAUGACUUAUUAGCGAGGAAAAACCAUUAUGCAGCCCUUCGAGCCCUUGAUGAGCUCCAAAAUGUUCACCUCAAGGGCGUGACCAAGUACAAAAUUGCAGACAUGAUUCAGCGCUCAGUGCCAGCAACUCAAAAGGCUAUAGCUGAGGCAGUGAUGUCUGAUCUAAACACUUGGCUGUACAGAAUCCGCGAGAUGUCGCAAUAUCUGGGGGAAAUUGCCUUGUAUCAUACAGAUCUCCGUAAAACGAGGCAGAAGGAGAGGGCCGACAUGACGCCAUAUCUUGGCCAUUUUAAACUAAAUUCCGCCAUUGAGCUUGUUUCUGAUGAACAUGAGGAAUAUGACCUCCUACAGAACGAGGAACUACAAGUCGACUUCACGCCACUGUUUGAAUGCUUACACAUUCACCAAUCUCUUGGACAUAUGGAUAAGUUCAGGAGUGAGUAUGCUAAUACACGUCGUCGACAAAAGGAGCUAUUGAUACCUCCAUCAAUAACUCUCGUUGAUGAGGAUGGCGCAAGUCUACAUAAUCUUCUCGAGGAGAUGGCAGGGUUUGCAAUUGUUGAACGAUCUACAAUGAAGAGAGUGCCAGACUUGCGAUCUCCAGUUGAUGUAGAUGAACUCUGGGAUUCUAUGUGCCAAACAGCUGUGAACCUGAUAUUGAAGGCCCUUCCCGAAGUCGAUAAUGCCGAGAGUUUGCUGAAAAUUAAGAAUCUUAUUGCACUGUUCAUGCAAACAAUGAAUAGUUGGGGCUUCCCCGUUGGUGUCUUUGACAACUUCUUGCUCACUCUUUUCAAGAAGUACGCCGAAUUGCUCAAGAAGAGGUUCAGUGACGACUUUCAAGAGAUUGUAUCAACAGAUGAUUAUAUGCCUAUGCCCAUCCAGACGCUGGAGGAGUUUGACAAAGUACUCAAUGUUAGCUGUUUUCCAUGUGUCUUGCCAUUUUCUCAGAUGUAUCCCUUAUGCUGCAUUGACAUUCGGAAUUUUCUGAAUCAGUUCUACUUCUUUGCCAACGACGAUUUCUCCCACUCGAGUGUCAUCGAUGAAUCUCUCAAAGAUGCACUCGAUGAACUUCUUUCAAGCAAAGUUUGUGAUACAUUAGUUGAGCGCCUUGCUUCUCAGUAUCUGGGGCAGAUCGUUCAGAUACUCAUUAAUUUGGAGCAUUUUGAACUCGCUUGUCAUGAACUCGAAAAUCUCCUUGCAGCAGCGAGGUCACACAAUUCCACGGGCGGUCCCAUCACUCUCAAAGCCACCGAAAAGUUCAGGAACAAUAAAAAGGCGGCAGAGAAACGUAUCUUUGAGGUGGUUAACUCCAAGAUUGACGACCUCAUCGAAACCGCGGAAUAUGACUGGAUGGCCCCUGUUCCGCCUACAGAACCGAGCAACUACAUGCAGACUCUAACUCGGUUCUUAUCCAAUAUAAUGAACUCGACAUUGCUCGGGCUCCCCACCGAGAUCAAGGAGCUUAUUUACUUCGAUGCUCUUAGCCAUGCAGCAAACAUGAUUCUUGCGCUUCCUCUUGCUGCAGAUGUAAAGAAGAUCAACCCGAACGGUGUCAUGGCUCUUGCAAAGGACGUUGAAUAUCUCUAUCACUUUGUCGAUAGUCUUGGUGUACCUAUCCUCCGGGAAAACCUCGAUGAACUCCAGCAAACUGUGCAGUUGAUGCAGGCGGAUAAUACUGAUGAGUUCUAUGAUAUUUCUACUCGGAAUAAGAAGUAUGGCCGCGUGGACGCCAUCAAUGGCCCAGUCCUACUAGAAAAGGUGGUUCGCUCUAUUCAAAGUCCCGUGAAGACCGACAAAUUCACGACACUUUCUUCGAGAUUCGGGAAGAAAUCCUAG